AUGGCUGAAGCUAGACAAGCUGUAGCUUUUCAAUUUGCAGUUACCGAUGAAGGUGUGGUCGUCGACUUUAACAAAGCCGCAAUUUCCAACGUUGUAUCCGUAAUUCGCCACUCUGUACGGUUACGAUUACAUCGUCUGUAUAACACCUUGUUAAAGAAUAUUUUUCCAAACACUACCCAAUCAUAUAUUCUAAUAGUUAUAACGCUAUUAUUGGCGCGUUAUCUAGAAGCUGGUCCUUCUGUCAUACUAUGGAAUAUUGGCACUGAACUUAAUAGUAUUAAUCAUAAUAUUACUGGUUUACUUUAUGUUGGUUUAUUGUCUAUAAUUAUAUGGUUGACAUUAGCCUAUAUCGAACGCUACACAUUGAAGCUAUUGCUAAUGUACAAAGGGUGGAUGUGGGAUGCUCCUAAGAAGACCUCGUGGAAAACGAAAAUAUGGUAUACGCUCAUGAAGCUUUUAUGCGCUCGUAAACAUUUACGUCUUUACAGCUAUCAGGCCUCCAUACCAAAGCUAUCCGUACCGUCACUGCAAUCUAUCUGCAACAAAUACUUGAGUUCGGUUAAGCCCCUGAUGAAUGAUAAAGAAUACUCUGAAAUGGAGCGGUUGGUAGAUCAAUUCCGUAAUGGAAUUGGUAAAAGAUUACAUCGCUAUACUGUAUUAUAUUCUUGGUGGGCGACCAACUAUGUUAGUGACUGGUGGGAGAAAUAUGUUUACCUGAAAUGUCGCGGCUCUUUGAUGAUCAACAGCAAUUACUAUGCUGUUGAUUCGGCGGUUUCUGUGCCAGUAACUUCUAUUCAAGCUGCUAGAGCUGCUAGUGUUGCCCACAGCCUUCUUUUAUUUCGGCAAUAUGUAGAUGACGAAACUUUGGAACCUCUCGUACUCCGUGAUAUUAUUCCAACAUGUUCUAAACAGUAUUCAAGAAUGUGGAAUACUACGCGGAUUCCUGGACGCACGUGUGACUACAUUGCACAUUUUGAUUCAUCCGUCUCUAGGCACAUUGCUGUAUACCAUCGUGGGCGCUUUUUUAAGGUUAAUGUGUAUGAUGGCGAUAAGCUUCUAAGCCCUACUGAAUUAGAACAGCAGUUUCAAACGAUUGUAGACGAUUCAAGUGAGCCUCAACCUGGCGAACUCCAUUUGCCAGCACUAACAGCUCAAGAGCGCUAUUAUUGGGCAGUAGCACGAAGAUCUUACUUUGCUGCUGGCGUUAACAAACAAUCGUUGGAUACUAUCGAAAAAUCUGCUUUUGUUGUCAUUCUGGACGAUACCUCACAGCAUUACAGCGAUUCGGAUCCUUCCUUAUUGAAUUCCCUAUGUAAGUCAGCACUGCAUGGAAACGGAAACAAUAGAUGGUUUGAUAAAUCAGUCAACUUGAUCAUUUACGCCAAUGGCAGGAUGGCCGGCAACUUUGAGCAUUCUAUAGCAGAUGCGCCUGUUUUUGGCCAUCCCUACGAGUUUGCAAUGAUUAAUGAUUCUAUCAUUCCAGGACGAUAUGAUAGUGAUGGGCAUUGCUCUGGUAAAAUCGUCAACAAGAUAACUCCACCGAAACGGUUACAAUGGAAUCUUUCCGACGAUUGUAUUGAAAAAAUCAAUGAAUCAUAUGUGUUAGGUUGCAAAAUGAUUGAUGAUCUUGAUUUAUAUGUCUUAAAUUUUCAAGAAUAUGGAAAAGACUUCAUGAAAAAAUGUCGUGUCAGUCCUGAUGCUUAUUUACAGAUGGCUAUGCAACUGACAUAUUACAAGUGUAGCAAUCGAUUUUGCUUGACGUAUGAAUCUUCUAUGACACGAUUAUUCCGAGAAGGUCGCACAGAAACCGUACGCACUGUUACCGACUUAUCAUGCAAAUUUGUGCUUGCAAUGCUGGAUAAAACUAAAACAAAUAAAGAACGUCUAGAAUUACUUCGUCAGGCCGGCAGCCUCCAUCAAAAGACGUACAGACAAGCAAUGUGUGGUCAAGGCAUUGAUCGUCCUCUUUUUUGCAUGUACGUGAUAUCCCAGUACCUUAAAGUCGACUCACCAUUCCUGAAGAAAGUUUUAAGCGAGCCUUGGCAACUAUCAACUAGUCAAACACCCCAUCAGCAAACAAAGUACGCUGGCGACAAGUAUGAUGCAAAGAUAGUAUCAGCAGGUGGCGGUUUCGGACCAGUUGCUGAUGAUGGUUAUGGUGUUUCUUACAUUGUCACUGGUGAAAGCUGUUUAAUGAUCCAUAUAACUGCCAAAAAUUCUUGUCCUACAACCAGUGCGAAGAUGUUUGCGGACACUUUGCAAGAAUCUUUGAUACAGAUGAGAGAUUUUUUUUCUGCAGCUUGA